CAAUAUACUACCAUUUUGACCAAAAUUUCUUGAUAGCUAGCUACCAUGUCAUCUAUAAUCACUUAUCUCCUUCUUCUUAUCUUUCUUUUUAUUUCCUUGCAUGCAUGUAAUGCUCGCCAUCUUAGCACUCUUGAUAAGAAGAAGAUGGAGAAGAAACCUCACUUCUCCUUCAAGAUUAGUAGUGGUGAUGAUGAGAAAAAAGUAUUGGGUUCCAAUCCAAAGCAAGUUAAUGAAGAAGGUGGUAAUGACAACAAGAAGGUGAAGACUAAUCGGUUGUUUUCUUCUGAUUCUGAUCAUCAGAACCCUAAUAAUAGAAACCGAAGAAGAAGCACUAAAAAUCAAAGGGUGCUCAAAGCAAAGGGAAAAGGUGCCACUAAAACUACUAAUUCUCUUGUAUCAUCGUCAUCAAUUUCAUGGCGUGUUCCUCACAAGAAACCUAGUGAGAAAAAUCCAGGGUUUAACUUGGACUAUUCACCACCCAAGACACAUCCUCCUUCUCACAACUAAUUAUUAUAUAUAUAAUUAAUGUUAUAUAUAUGAAGUAAUUAUGUAUCAUCAUCUAUAUCAUGCAUCCCUUAUGUGAAGCCCUAAUGAAUAUUAUUGUAAAGAAAAGAAAAUCAAAGAAGAUCAUCAUAGGGAUCAUUCUCAUCAUUCUGGGGUGCAUGAUAUAUAUAAUAUAUAUGUGUUUAGUUUUUAUAUAUAUGACUACACAAACUUUAGCUUAUAUGGCUAAUUAAUAUAUGACUUAAUU